UAGCCCUAGCAACUCCAUGCACCCUCCAGGUUGCUACAGUACUAAUGCACAGUAGGUGUACGUAUUGUGUACGUAUUAAGAGCGCCACCAAAAUAUUUCUAAUGACCUUGUGUGUAGGUCAAACGACAUUUCUGUGCCACCUGAUUGAAUGAAACAUUUCCGCAUCACAUGAGAAAGAAUAAAAGUCGACUCACGGGAUUAUAGAAAUAUACCUAACAAUGGUGUCAGUUUAUUCAGGAUUUCAAACCACCAGUGAUUUCGAAACAACAAACAAUUACUUCUUUUGGGCUUAUACAGUACUACAAGAAUGUGUACCAGAAUUGCCGACUGGUAACCAAAAAGGGCCCCUGUCUCAGAAAGCCACACAGCUCCUAGGACAGUGUAAAGCUCAAUACACUACUAUUCAGAAGAGUAGGGGAUUGUCUCCCAGUGUGCUGCUUACGGUAAUCACCACCAGAAGGACCCCAAUGGAAAUAAUUCUUCAGAAUUAUCAUGAGUUACAUCUCACAUGCAAUAACCCAUGGAUAAGGAAGUACGCUGUUCAAGUUGAAGAUCGAGGUGAUGCAGAACUGGCAAUUGGCGCUGGUGGUGGCAAUGUAGGUGUUUUCAUUGGGGCUGGUGGUGGAGCUGGUGGAUUUGGAAGGGGAAAUGGAAAUGGAGGAGGAAGGGAUGAUGAUGAAAGAUACAACCAGUAUUUAAAAUUAAUUCUGCUGUAUCUUUGCCUUAUUUUGAUAUUAAUUUGGUAA